AUGGCGGAUAUUCCAAAUAAAAGUAUUGAAGAAGAAAUUGAAGGAAAUGAAAAUAAUGAAGAAGAAAAUGAAGGACUUCCAUUACCACCAUUAUUUCAGAAAUUUAAUCAUCAUAAACCUUUACAUCAUUCUUCUCUUAAUCUACCUUUUAAUUUACAACAACUUGAUUCUCUACCUGAAUAUUCUAUUUUUUCAUUAUUUUUUUCUAUUGAAAUAUUACAAGUAAUUGUUAAAAAUACAAAUAUAUAUGCGUCAAUAAAAAAUGCCG